AUGAAUUUUGAUAAAUUCAAUCCACUAUCGAAUAAUUUUAUAUACAGAUCAUCAUCAUCAUCCAACACAACCACCAAGGAACCAUCAAACACCAAUAAUGCAACCACUAAUCUACUAAAUUCAGAAGUAAGUGAUUGGGGUAUUGAUGAAGAUUUUACACCAAAUACUGGCACAACUUUUUCAACUUUUCUAUCACCAACUUCUUCAGUUGCAACAUCCACAAAUAAUAAAAAUUUCCAACAACAUCAACCACCAAAUUAUUUACAAAAUAGACAACCUAGUAAUUAUAAUUCACAACCUUUGCAACAAAGCUUCGAUGAUUAUAUACCACCAAAUCCCUCAUAUAUGAAAUCAGUUCAGCGAAGAAACUCAUCAAUCUCAAAUUCAUCGUAUUAUAAUCAGCAACAUAAUAAUGUACAUCAAAGUCCACUAAAUCCUCAUCAACAUUUACAUAGAUCACAUCUGCAACAAUCUUUAAAUGCAAUUCAAGUACUUCAACAAUCAGGCACAAUUAUCAACCCAACUACUGAAUCAUUACUGAAAUUUAUAAAAAAGUAUCUUUCAAUGGAAAAAAAAAUGGGUGAAUUUUGGGAAAAAUUUAGAUAUAGUUUAAUUAUAUCAAAUUUAUUAGAAGAUUCAAUGAUACUAUCGGAAAAUGAAUCAAGUUUGCAAGUACUAAAGUCGGAUCUAGACCAACAACAACUCAGAAAUUUCAAAUACACUAUAAAUGAUGAUGGUACAAAAUUAAUUGUGACAAAUACAUCUUAUAGAGUCACAUAUAAUUUACUAUAUAGCAAUUUUGGAAUAAUUAUAAUAUUUACAAAUUUAAUAAUCUUCUUGUUGAAACAACAGCAAAAUCUCCAAUUGGGUAGAGAAUGCAUGAACAACGUAUUACAGUUUAAAUUAUUCAAAAUUAUACUAUAUCUAUCAUCAAAAUUAAUAAAAAUACAAAAGUUCAAGGUGGUUGUGGAGACUAAUAAAAUUUUAAACUUCUUGAACAAGUUUUUAAAAUCAAAUUAUACGGUAAACAAGAAUUUAAUUCUCAACAUAAUCAAAAUCAAGGGAUCGAAUUUAAAUUUAGAGUUACAAGUAAAUAAAAGACAAUUAUCCAAUUUUUUACUUAAUUCAUUAAAUUUCUUGAUAAUGAAUCUAAAUAUUUUAAUAAUGAAAUUAAUACCAAUGUUAAAUGGUGAAAUAUUUGAGCAAUAUUGUGUCAUAAAUAACAUUAAUCUUGGUAUAUUGACUCAAGAAUAUGAAAAUGAUGACAAUAAUGAAGUUCAAGAAGUAGUGUUUUACAUCAACAAGUUCAAUCAAUUAAGAAAAUUGUUUAUAUGUCAAUUGAUUACAAUUAAUGAGAAUGCUCAAGGUAACUUCUUUGUGUUAAAUCUAAUGGAUCAGUUUCAAGUUAGUGAGGAAUCUAAAGAUGUCAACAACCUAGAGAAAUGUAAAAUCUUAGCUGAAGUAUUGAUGGACUACAACAAAACAAUGGAAAACAUAAAUGAUAUGUUUAAAAAAUAUGAAAUUCACAAGAUCGAAAUUCAUGAUCGUAUAGAAGAAACAAAUUUAAAUCUGAAUUUAAAUCAAUUUAUAUCAAAAGUUUCAAAUUUUAAUCAAAAUUUAAGAUUUUUCCAAAAAUAUAAUAGUUCAUUAUCCGUUGAUAAUUUUGAAGAACAGCAAGAGAAAAUUUCAAUCUUUAAUCAAUUUAAUACAGAAUUGAGUAAUUUAAAGUUAUUACAUAAACAAACUUUGUUAGAGUUAAAUCAAGAAAUUAAUCCUGAUUACGUGGUAAGUCAAAAAUCAUUAUCAAAUUUAUCAUCACCUUCACAAACUACAACUCCAAGAGAUUCAUUCAACUUAAAAACAUUUCAAAACUCUUCACUCAAAAAAAGAUUUUCGUUACCAUCAUCAGCUAAUUCUCCAUCACAAUCACAAGUACAACCACAAGUCAAUUCAUCUCAACAACCACAACCAAAACAAAAGAAAAAAUAUAAAAGAUUAUCAACUGGAUUACCACUAGGUUUAUUAACAGUUUUUGAAGAAAAUAAACAAAACUUGAAAGCUAACAGAGAAUCAUUAAUAUCAAAAUCAUCUUCUGAUUCAAAUCAACAAAACUCAAUAUUAUCACCACCAUUAAAAGUUUCAUAUGAUGAUAACUAUCUUAACAUAUUACCUAACUUAAAUCAGUAUGAAAGCUAUAAUAAAUCAACGUUAGAUCAAUUAAACAGAAAAAGUAAUAGUAAUGGACAAUUUCCAUUAAAUAAUAGAUUUUCAAUAAAUUCUGUACAAAGUAAUGUAUCAGGAAUAACAGAUUUAAUAUCAACUCAAUUAACAAGUUAUAAAGAUAGUGAAGAAGAUCAAGAUAAUGAAAGUAAUGAAAAUGAAAAUUCUCAAUUAACUCAAGAAGCACUUAAGAAAAAAUUGGAAGAAAGUUUUAAUAAAAUUUAUGAUUUAACUAAUGAAAAUAAAAAAUUAAAAAAUAAAGCGUCUGAAACCACUAUAAAUUUACAUAAACAAGAAAAUAAUAUCAUAAAUGAAAAAUUUAAUUUACCAAAUAAUAAAUUUUUAAAUGAUUUAGAAAUGAAAUUAAAUUUUUAA